AUGCUGAAGAAGGAGCAGCCUGAGGUGGACUCACAGGUGAAGGCUGAGGUGAAUGUGGAGCUGAACAAGGACGACGUCCGGCCGAGCACUUCCUGUGAAGGGACAGAGGCCCCGCCCCCUCAGCCAGGGGAAGAUGCUGACACUGGCGGCGGCUCUGUUGGCUGUAAAGUUUGUGGGCUGACGUUCAGCUACUGCGGCUCUCUGAGGAACCACGCUGAGGUUCAUGCCGACGACGAGUGCUGCUUCUGUGGCGUCUGUGGUGAACUACAGCCCGACAAGCGGGACCUGCUGGUGCACCUGCAGGCACACCGGAAGGUCCACGCCUGCAAGUUCUGUGGAAAAACUUUCCAGCGCCGCGUGGAGCUGGAGGUGCACGCUCGCACGCACACGGGCGAGAAGCCGUUCAGCUGCAAGGCGUGCGGGAAGCGCUUCAGCCGCAAGAGCAACAUGGAGAUCCACAUGAGGACGCACACGGGCGAGAAGCCGCACCGCUGCGACGUUUGCGGGAAACGCUUCAACAUCACCUCCUCGGACAUGAAGGUGCACCUGAGGACACACACCGGGGAGAGGCCAUACUCCUGCGCCGUGUGUGGGAAGGCCUUCAUGCUCAGCACGCCUCUCAAAUAUCACAUGAAGCACCACACAGAGGAGCGGCCAUACUGCUGCAGCCGGUGCAACCGCAGCUUCAGUGACAUGUACACGCUGCGGCGCCACAUGAAGACCCAGGACUGCAAGAAGAAAACCCUCAUCAAGGUGUCCGAUCUGACCCCGCAGCAGGACUGA